AUGGUAUGCCGAAAGCGGUUUGAGGCUUGGUUCAAGGUGAACCAAAGGUUUGUACGAUUUGGACUACCGGAGUUCGCACUAAUUACUGGCUUGAAGUGCAGUCCAGUGCCUAAAGGUGCCGAAGUUGACAAAAUCCUAGAGAAAACCCGUCUACAAGAUAAAAUGUUUGCUAAUAUGGACAGGAUAACGUGUAGCGACCUGGAGAAAGCUUUUUUGAAAUGUGCCAACCGUAACGAUCGUUACAAGCUUGGGUUGGCACUAAUUAUUGAAGGAGUAUUUAAUUCAAGAAAUCGAAAUGUAGGAAUAAAUUCGACAACUCUUUCCAUCGUUGACGACUUGAAUUUUUUCAAUGCCUACCCAUGGGGGACAGUAUGUUUUCAACUUCUCAUCAAAUCACUACUACGUGGAUGGGGAAGAAAGGCGGACAUGGUAAAAGUGAAUGAUUGUGAUAGGAUGACUUACACAUUGUACGGAUUCUCUUUGCUGUCCAGAUUUGGACGUACGAGGCAAUUCCGGAGUUGGGAGCUCGAUUCUCGAGUAAGACUUGUGACGAUGUCCCGAGGAUGUUGCGAUGGUCUGGUGCACUUGUGGGCUACGCUGCGAGCAACUGCUGCAGAAGAAUUACAGCCGUACUUCGUCGAUCUAGUUCCGUUGGAAGACGCAGCCGACCCCAUUUUAGAUGAUCUUGUUGCUCAAUCAAUAGAAAUACAAGCUUGUCCAGUUGACGAUGAUAUCAUACGGAACGAUGACAACAACCAUCGACCAAAUAAAUCCCAGAGAGGCAACAAAGGUGGACCUUGUCAUCGAGCUUUGCAUCUGGUUGAAGGCAGAGAAGAAGAGCAUGGGGAUCCCAUCGUUGAAAGACAUGUGUCUUUAAAUGAGAUAAGAGUUAUCUUGAAUGAGCAACGGGAGGCAUUUGAGAGCAAGAUGGGAGAUUUGAGGAAAGAAAUAAACACAAGAUUCGCUAGUCUCCAAAAUGAUCUGGCAGGUCAUGUGUGUGGUUUGAGAAAUCAUGUCACUGAUGAGAUGAAUGUUCUUCGACGAAGGUUUGAUGAAGUUGCUACAGAAAUUGGACAACACAAUGUUGGUGUUGAGUAUGGUGGAUUUGGUCAUGACGAUCGCAGUGGAGACGAGCCCCGACAUGAUGUUUUCACUCCCAAUAUUUUUGCAGGCAGACAGGAUGUCGGAGAGGUAACUGGACCAGUUGUUUGCAAUAUCCCUGAUGUGUCCAUAACGUCAGGAGGUGGGGUUGGAGUACUUGGGUCAGUAUAUGUUGCUUGUGAUAUUGUGAAAGAGGCACUAGCCGUUGUACCUACAGUUGGUGUGACCAUUGAUGAUCAACUGGUUCAUGAUAGCAUCGUUUCUGGACCUUCGAUGGCAGCUGAUCCACCUAUACGUAGACCUCGAUCGUUGAGGCUGAAGAAGGCUAGUGUAAACACAAAGACGUCAUACACACGAUCUGGUCGCAAGAGGGGUAAGAGGGAUGCGUAG